GCCGGUCCGUUCGGUCGCUGGUUCGCGCCGCUUACCGCCCACGGUUUGCCGCACACUCGCAAAAAUUUCGAUAGGACGCGAUCGAUGCCUCUCUGUUUUCGUUUAUAUUUAUAUUUGACCGUGUGUAUAUGUGUGUCGGGAAUUGUGCGAGGAAAAAAUCGACGAUCGCCUCGGCUGUGUGAAUAGUGUAUUUAUAUUUGUGUCGAUGCAGCUGUUGCGGCUUUGAGCUUCAUCGCCAAAUAAAAUCACACAUUUCAAAAUCAAGUGGCAUCGAUGCAGACGAUCUUCGGUACAUUGUGAUCCGCAGAGGCGAUGAAUUCAAAAGUACAAUUCCGAGUCAUGUGACAAUUGAAAUAUCAUUGAAUUUAGGUGACGAAAAAAAUUGAAAAGGUGGCGCAGGAAGGAAUUCCGCGCGGGUACAGAAACAGCUAAGCGACGAUGUGGUGGCCGGGUCAGCUGGUACUGCUGCUGGCGUUGCUGUCGUCCCGCUGGCAGACGGCGCUCACCCAGACCUCGCAAAAUCCUCGCCUCGGAGCCGCCGUCAACGUGUUCAGCCGUUACGGCUACCUCAGCAUCAGUCUGCGCGUAGUGCCGCGCAACGAUACCGACUCCUGGAUAUUUCGUGAGCCAACUCUGGACGUCUUCCAGAAUCCUCAAUCGGCGCCGCCCAAGCAGAGCAAGGCGGCCAUGGUGUUCGACGGCGAUUUCCACAUGGAGUUCUGCGACAACGUUAGGCAAUUGCUACAGGCCUACUUCCGAGACUUCACGUUCGAGCGUCUGGACAGACCGUGGCGAGCGUUCACCGGCAGCUGGUCAAGGGCGGCCAUAGCCCGCCACCUGGGCAUCAACGCGUCCUUCAUUACGGGCGACCACUGCUACGUGCUGGUGAGGGUGUCGCGUUUCCGCGAGUCCAAGAGGCUCGCCGCUCUCGGGGCCGACGACGGGCCCGGCGGUCUGCUGCUCGACGAGGCCGUCGCCAAGGAGGCCGAGAGCGUCACCGUCGGCGAUCAGGCCAGCGUGCUGCGCUUCGUGAAAAAUUUCGGCUCGCACUACAUCGCCAGCUACGUGACCGGCAACUCGCUCUUCCAGGUAUUCGUAUACCAGCCACAGGUGUAUCAGCGAAUAAAGGAGCGUCUAAAGAGUCGAGGGGUCUCGGAUCUGUCGAGCUUGGAACUGAGCAAUUACUUUUCGCCCUGGUACGCAGAGCACAUCGGAAACAUCCUAUCGGCUUCAGGCAACCACUCUGUCGAGGCUUGGGCAGCGGAGCGUCUGAAGCUGAAGUACUACAUCUUCACGUACGCCUCGUUGCUAAAGCUUCACGGGGACGCAAAUCUGCUGCGCCAGCUCGACGGUCUGCUGGGCAACGAGGCUCUGCUGCAGAUGCAAUUGAAGACACUCGCGCCCCUGUUCAAGGAGCCCAAGCGCCGCCAGUGGUUCCAGGAGGUCAUCGACAACUACUUCAAGCUCUGGGAGGUCAAUAUGCGAUAGUGCCAACGACGAUUUGCGCGAAACGAUGAACGUAAAUAAUAGCGAUCUCGUCGUCGUCGCUCCGUGCACUGAUACACAAGUAUCACCGCAAGCGCGCGAUAGUAUCGGAAAAAGUACCACCGACAUCCAUCGUGUACACGUACAGCUGGUGACUUUAUAGACUCGGAAAGCUGUGUGUGCCGAGUACGCACGGGUGCCAGCGAGAUAACGAGAUAUAUAUAUAGAACAGGAGCGGAGAGUAGUUAUAGUGAGUGAAAGCCGUGUGUAGCUAGCAGUGACAAUUGAAAAUUCAAAGAAAACAUGUAUGAGUGUGCGUGAGUGUGUGUGUUCGUGUGUGUGUGUCAGUGCGUAGAAUAGUGUCCGCAUCGGGGCCGGUAUUUGACGUCCGAGAGCAGUAUCCGAGCCCAGUGGGAAUGAACUUUGCGUGACUCUUUAACUGUGUAGAAUAUGUAAUGCGUAUCGUAAUACGACAGAAGGACUGGAGUACUCGAGAGAUCCUCGAGUAAUAUAAAAAACCCUUUAACGUACAUAAUUGUAAAUUUUAUCAAACUGUCAGUUGGGAUAAACCAACUAGUCACGAAUUGCAAUGCAGAGGGCUCCAGUCUUAGACAAAGUAUUAAACAAAAUAUAGGGAGCACAUUUCCAAUUCAGGGCUGACUCUUUUUAGAUACAUUUAAAUAAUUAUAUUUAUGAAUAUAAUAAAUUUAUAGAUUAUAUACACAUUUAUAUAUAACGUUUACAAUAUACGCCUAGUUUAAGUAGGUUUAAAUAAAGCUAAUAUUAUUGUGUGCGACUCGUAAAUAAUAAUUGUGCCAGUCAAGGGUAAAAAGAUCGUAGAUCGGUACACUUGAACGCCUUGAAAUGUAACAUGAAAUCGGUUUUUUCUAUAGUAGCGUAUCUAUAUCAUUCAACAAUUAAAAUUUGUUAAUUGAAUUGAACUUGGUGAUACUUAGAACGCUUAUUCGUUGGAUUCUGUUAGUUUCUAAAUUUCAGUCGGUACUGUACAAUUAUGAAAAUAAUCGAUGCGCAAUAAAUGUGUGACCGUUCAUAUCGACACGAGUAAUUCUGUUUAGAUUUCUUAGUUAUACAUUUUUCUUCAUACUUAGAAUACAGUAAGUCACUUAACUGACUGAUGAAUUUUUUUAUAAGUAGGCGUUUGAUAUUCCUAUUAUCAUGAGCUAUUUUAUAAUGUUUACAUUUAAUUUUCGAGAUAUAUUUUUCUUUAACAGAAAAUGGUGUGCGAGUAUAGGAUAUUAAUUUAAUUCUGUUUUUGAAUAAGUGUUUAACUUCGGUUUGUCAAAUUACCCAUUUUUGUAGGCACUGAAUUUAAAUGAAUAAUGUUUCACAGUAGAUAUUUUAGAGUGAUGUUUAUCAUAGCCUGUAUUUCAUAAAUUAUAAUAUCAAAUAGUUAUUUAUUGUGAUAAGUUGUACGUAAAGACUCGAAAUUAAAAAAAAUAUAUUUUUGCGAUAAUUCCGGUACCCUCAGGUUCAAUUGUUGAAGUGAAAAUCAUGUGAAUACCUUUCGUGAUAUAAUUAAGUAUGAAAGUGAUUUAAUAUUCUGUUUUUAUAGAGUGAAUUGCAUAAUCACAAAAUAUACGCGUAAAAUCCCAUUUACU